UUCACAUUCUACCCUCUGUUGUUCAAGCCUACGCCCUAGUGACUUGGUGAUUUACACUAGGCAGAUAAGCCACAAGUCUGUUUUCUCGGAACUUGCUUCCUAUUUUAAGAGGCGGUAUUUCUGCAGUGUGGCCUGGAGUCACGGCUUCUCUAUGAAGAUUCGAUGAUGCUAUGACUGAAUUAUGGAGGAGGCCCCUGACAGGAGCCCAGCUUGAACGUGAGGGAUGGCCAGAGUCUCUCUUGAACCAGCCCAUUGGGGACCACUACCUUCAAGAUCUGGACAUAAUAAAAAGUCAUUGGAGUUUGCAACAAAACCCAGAACUUACCGAAUGACCUACUUACCCACAUUAGGAACGGGGUACAAUACACUUCCUGGAUACAAGGAGGUAUCACCUACCCAGGCACAGAGCCAGAGCCAAGGGAAGGAAGCUGCCCUUAAAAGACCAGAGCCCCAGAAGGAUCUAGAAAAGACUUCAGGCAGGAUUGAGAAGAUGGAAGAACUAAAAGAUGAGACUUCGUGUAGUGGGGACAACCUUUCUCUGCCGUUUUCUGGGACUGAUGCAUGGCCUGCUUCAGCCGCUCCAGCCCAACUACCCUCGCUUCUGAGUACCCUGGACCCAGCCCACCUGGGGCUCCCUGAGCAACUGGCUUCUGUCACCGUCCCCAUCCGCCUGGACACUCUAUCCUACCUCCUACACAGUGCCCUACUGGGGACCUACAACUUCCAUCAGUCCUUACCCCCUUGCUCCUGCUCUGCCCAGCCAUGCCACACCUACUCAGACACAGUCAGGAGGCCUCCAAGGAGAUGGGACCAGGCCCGUGGGGGCUGGGAGGUUCGGCACAGGCCUUCUCGGGGUAGGGGCAGGGGCCGGGGCCGGGGCCGGGGCCAGUCACAAUGGGGUCCCCUGGGAGUCGAUGAGCUAGAGAGAAGCAGGGCAGGAGGUCCAGGGGCCGGCCCCAAGACCCAGCCAGUGACACCACCAUCCCAGGAUGGGCAAAAGGAAGCUGGAGGACUGGAGCCGCCCCUGCCCCCAGCACCUCUGUCUGAAGACUGGGAGACAGAAUACUAGGACCCGGAAGAGCAUCCAGUAUUCGGCCAACCAGGGCUUCCCAGAGCUCACAGUGUUCUUAAUCCUUCAGAGGUACCCCUAAGAAACAAAUAUCAUCUCUACAGCCUUCCCAGCCCCAAACGACAGCCUCCUAAGGCCUCCUCCAGGUCACCUUGUAAAGCCUAAACCUGACUUAGCAUCCCCAAUAAGAAAACUCCCUCCCGUGCCCAGACUCACAGCAUGCUAACCCUAGCUAAUAUCCUGUCUUAUUCUCAAGGCUCCCAGGGCUGCUCCAACCUCAUUUCCAGACCAAAUCAUCACCCAACGCCCUUCCUCUCUCCAUUCCACCCUUCCUCUCUCCAUUCUGUAGUCAACCCGUUUCACCACCCUCCCCCACACCCCUCUUGGCCUUCAGCUCUAACCCAUGUUUAUUCCUAAUUUGUUGGUUUGCUGUUUUUUUCAGUACUAGUCUCCCGAAUGCCAGUGGAACACUGAACUAAAUUGCAACCGUCUCUUGUUUUUAUCUUGAGAAAGGAUCUCGUCAAGUGUCCAAGCUGGCCUUGAACUUGCGACCCUCCUGUCUCAACCUUCCAAGUAUCUGGGAUUAAAGGUCUUGGCCACAAGGUCUCACAUCAUCUCCAGUUUGUUUGCUUUGUUUUAAACCUGUCUCACCGCUCUUCCGCUCAGUCACCCGAGUGCUAACACUGCUGUGAACCACUGCACUGGCUCAUUCUCCUCUUCCUGGUUCAUAUUAACCUCACCUCUCACCGCCUUCACACUCACAUCAUGUUACACCAAGCACCUUCCUCAAUGCCCCAGCCGCAGCCCCGGCAUCUGCCAUGUGCCAGCUCGGCUCUGACAAGCCCUUGAUCCUACCCCCCACGGAGCCCCUUGCCUGCAUGUCCAGACACCUGUAUCUGCCCCUGCCAUUGCUGUUCCCUGUCCCUCAGACUGGAAAGCCCAGGUUGAACAAUAAAAGAAUGUCUGUUCCA